AAAAGAAACAUCCUGACACUAUACAAGGAGUAAACCAAGAGUAUGCGCAAUUUUAUUUCCUACUAUGAGUAUUCAUAUACCCGGCUUGUACCUACCCGAACACCAGAACCGGCGGUUCAUAUUCUUUUGAGAUUAUCCAACCCUACCCGACCCAAACCAACCCCUAGAAGCAUGUAUUGAUCGUAAAUUUCGAUAGUUCAUUUUGUCAGAGUAAAGUUUGAUGAGGGCAGAUCUAGAUGUUUGCCAAGGCUGAAUCUUAUUUGAUACUACGGAGUAUUGGAUAGCUUGUUUUUUUUAUACCAUCGAUAUAACCCUCCUAGUUGCAGAAUGGUGUAUAUUAUAUAAAUGUAUAUAAAAUUAGAGGAUUUAUUUUUGUUUUUACUCUGAAGAGCAUCCGGGUUUCGAAUUUCAAAUGUCAUUUAGACGGGGAGGAGGGAGAGGAGGAAGAGGACGCGGUGGAUUUUCCUUUGGAAAGCAGCAAAAAUUUGAACUAUUUCCAGAAAUCAAGGAUGAGAACUUAGGUAAGGCAACCAUGCUUACUGAAAGGAGAUCUCUAGCACUUUCAUAUGUAAGGCUGAAGAGGUAUUGGAAUUCCUCAGCGUACUUUCUGAGCGAUGAAACCGAUGUUUCAAACAAAACAGAAAGCAUGGAUAUAGAAAGGUAUUCAGACAUGAAUUCAGAUAGAUCCAAAGCGAAACCCCCACUUUCAGAUUUUAUCUUGAUUACCCCAGACUAUUUUCCUGCUGAAUUGGUUAAAGCUGAAAGGAAGACGAAACGUCCUGCAAAAAGAGUUCGCUGGACUCAAGAGGUGGAUUUGCAAAAGUUGGAUGUCUUUGAGAAGCUUGAACAGAAGGGCAUUGACCAGGAUGAAAAGAAAACUGAGGAUGAAGAUGACGAGGAAGGAGAAGAGAAUUCUGAGGAAGAUGAAGAGUCUAGUGAUAAUGGCGACUAUGAUCAAAAUCCUGAUAUUGACGAUGAUGAAGAUGACUUCAAUAUGGAUGAGGGCGAUGUUGAUGAGGCCACAUAUGAAUGACGUUUCUCUGGUAUUGUAUUUGAUCUGCAAACUGCAACUAUACUUUCCCUUCUUUGGCCCCCCUAAGCAAUAAUGCAUCUUUGAUGUUCAAAUAAAGUAGUCCAUUAUUUCUUACUCCAUAUUUAAGUACAUAUAUUUCCAUUGGCAAGUUGCUUGAGACAUAGCGCUAUGAAUUUUGGUGUUAUUGACAUGUAGUCCUGAUUUAACUAGUUUUAUUUACUUAUUAUUGUCAAUGACCUUCCGGUUUACUGGUUUCUGGAAGCUGAGACUUUGCUUCUUCUUGUAAUGCAUGAGCUUAUAUAGAAGUAUAGAAUCUCUUGUGUUUUGUGAUACAUCAUUAUGAUAUGUAUGUGUAGAUAUAUGUGGAUGAACUUUUGUUCCCAAAAGGACCCCUUUUGUCUGCCAAAACUGCUAGGUUUUUAACUCUGACUGGCGUGCUUCUUGGAUUCAUGUAUGUUGCUGCUAUUUCCAUCCCAAAUAUAUGGUACUUCUUUCAGUUCAUGGGAACAACCACUGUCAUGUGCAUCAUGUUCAUUUUCCCAAGCUCGAUAAUCCUCAUUUCUUGGAGAUGUUCAUAAAACAUGUACUAAGCAGGAUAAGAUGCUGGUGGUACUGGUCAUUGGGUUUGCAGUUGGGAUUAGUGCGACAGCCAUUAACUCUAAUGUAUCAACUUAUAUUAUCAAGAAGUAACCAGAUUUGAAGGCGAUAUAGCUAAUUCUUGAUGAUCAUUAGCAUGAUCCAUUGUUUAAAACAUAAUUUGAAAAAAAAAAAUUGUUGUUGUGGAGAGCAGUUUUUGGCAGCCUCUUAGUGUUUCAGGUUAGAAAGUUGCGUCGUUGUAAUUAAUAGUAUUGUGUGCAUUUGUUGGUUCUGAUCUUGAUCCUUUUAUUAUGUUGUAAUCCCACUGACUACGGAGUAUUGUAAUUCUUGAUUAAUAUUGAUAUACAGUCCUUGUUUAAAAAA